AUGUCCUUCGCACUCAUCCACGAGCACCCUUCCCAAAAUACACUCUUAAAAGCUAUCACUACUGAGAUCGAACGGCGGUAUAAAAUCAUGGAUGUGGAGGAAGCAGAACCACAGGCAUUAUUCGACCUCCACCGUGAUGAUUCUCAACGCGACAAAACACUUGGGAAGGAGAACGCCAUCCCAAUGAAGCGGACCAACUCACCGAAAGCGGCAGGAAACAACAACAUGACGGAGACAACCUAUCAAGGAUCAAAACGAAAUGAGACCACUCGCGCCAAUCAGGCUCAGCAGGACAACAGAGACAACAAUAGUAAUCGUGGUUUUAUGCCUGAAAUUCCAAGAUUGAGUGGUCUUCGCUUCGUUGCCUUCAGGGCUUUCGCGUUAGAUACUCUUCAGCUUCCCAAGAUCCUGUUCAAUGCAGGUGCCUUAAGCUACCUUCUGUUCUCGAUAAAGCUUCUCUGGAAGGUCUCAACGAUGUUUCAAAGUCAACCGCAUGCGAUUGCUCUCGGAUUUGUACCCCCCAGUGUUGUGAUCUUCACACUGGUCCAGCGCUAUGCCCCAAUUCAAGUUCGAGCCGAGGCUGAAGGCAUGGAUUCCGUUAUUCUGCAAACUGCUAUAGACAUGACGAUUCUAACUGGCGCUUUCAUCUGCAUUUCGAUUACAUGGUUGAUAAUCUCAGUGGUGGGAGAAUUCGUGGCAGUGAUGCUCCUAGUAUAUCACCUUUAUACCAUAUUUUGUCUGAAUUACAUUCAUUGA